AUGACUUUUUCUGAGCUGAGCAAUGGCAGCUUGAGUGGGAACAGGACGGGCCAGGGCAGCCCGAGCGGUGCCAACCGGUCCUGGGGGCUGCAAAGCGAGGAGACCCCCCAGGGCAACGGCACCACCUUGACUUUCGCCUUGGACGUGCAGGCGGUGGGCGCGGUGGGCGUGGGGGUCUUCCUGGCUGCCUUCAUCCUCUCGGCCAUCGUGGGCAACAUCCUGGUGAUCCUGUCGGUGGCUUGUAACAGGCACCUGCAGACUGUCACCAACUACUUCAUCGUCAACCUGGCCAUCGCCGACCUGCUGCUCAGCACCACCGUGCUGCCCUUCUCGGCCACCCUGGAGGUGCUGGGCUUCUGGGUGUUCGGGCGCAUCUUCUGCAACAUCUGGGCAGCCGUGGACGUGCUGUGCUGCUCUGCCUCCAUCAUGAGCUUGUGCAUCAUCUCGGUGGACAGGUACAUCGGCGUGAAGUACUCCCUCAAGUACCCCACCAUCAUGACCGAGAAGAAGGCCGGGGUUAUCCUCGUGGUGGUCUGGCUCUCCUCCAUGGUCAUCUCCGUCGGGCCGCUGCUGGGGUGGAAGGAGCCACCACCUCCAGAUGAGAGCAUCUGUAGCAUCACGGAGGAGCCAGGCUAUGCCCUGUUCUCCUCCCUCUUCUCUUUCUACCUGCCCCUCAUGGUCAUCCUGGUGAUGUACUUCAGGAUCUACGUGGUGGCCAGGAGGACCACCCGGAGCUUGGAGGCAGGGGUCAAGAAGGAGAGGAACAAAUCCAUGGAGGUGGUUCUGCGCAUCCACUGCCGCAGCGUGCUGGAGGAGCCUCUCUCCAGCACCAGGAGCAAGGGCCACAACUUCAGGAGCUCCCUUUCCGUGCGGCUCCUCAAGUUCUCCCGCGAGAAGAAAGCGGCCAAGACUCUCGCCAUCGUCGUGGGUGUUUUCAUCCUCUGCUGGUUCCCCUUCUUCUUCGUCCUGCCUUUUGGUUCUUUCUUCCCAUCCCUGAAGCCCUCUGAAAUGGUCUUCAAGAUCAUCUUCUGGCUGGGAUACUUCAACAGCUGCGUGAACCCCAUCAUCUACCCCUGCUCCAGCAAGGAGUUCAAGAGAGCUUUCAUCAGGCUGCUCAAAUGCCAGUGCCACCGGAGGAGAAGGCCCCUCUGGAGGGUCUACGACCACCACUGGAGAGGGGCCUCCAUGAACAGCUCCAUGCAAGACUCUGAGGCAGACCUGAGGCCCAGGAUCAACACCCUGAACAGCUCCUUCAUCUUCCACCCCUCCUUGCAGGAGAGAGCCCACAAGAGGCGAACGCUCAGCUUCAAGGGCUGGAAGAUGCUCACUCCUUUCCAGAAACCAGCAUCCACCCAGCUGAAGGAGAAGAUGAACAGCCUCUCCAACAAAAUCCGGGGUGGUUCCAGCAAAGGAGGGGUGACAGCCACCUACAAAACAGAGGUGGAGUCUGUCUCCAUUGGGAUCCCCCAUGACUUCGUGGAAACCAUUGACUACCAAACCUAUGACUUAACAGACUGCUGCAGGCUGAGAGAGACAGACAUUUGA